GGGGUGCGAGACUGAAGUGGUAUUCCAACGGUCGACUCUGCUCUCUCUACUAUCUAUAAGAAAUGUCUCUUUGUUAAAUCUUCUCAUCUCUAUCUUUUUCAAUCUCUUGUAACAUUCAGAAUACAAGGUUUUUUGUCAAAAACUCAAAAAGAUCCAGAACCAGAAAAGCCCAAAAAUGGUGAUGUCGAAGGUCAAAUAUGAGAAGUUACGCCAACAGCGAUUGGAAGAAAACAAAAAAAGAAUGGAGGAACUCAAUCUCCCUUUGCUUACUCAAGCUCUCAAAAUUUCCUCUUCCCCCAAACCUUCUCCUAUGAAGAAGGUGAAACCUAGGAUUAUCAGAACAGAGCUUGUUUCAGUUCGAAGAUCACCUCGUGUUGCUAACAAACCUGCCCCUGAAUACAAAGAAGUGAUUUAUUAUGAAAGGGUGAUGAUACCUAGAAGGAUGUCCACUCCAAGGAAGAGGGAUUCGUUGAAUAUGGUAUAUGCUACGGACGAAGAAAGGGCUGCUUCGAUAGAGAAAGCAGAGAAACUUGAAGCAAGUCUUGGACCUGACUAUCCUAUAUUAGUUAGAUCAAUGCUUCCCUCCCAUGUUUCUGGAGGUUUUUGGCUGGGUCUCCCAUCUAAUUUCUGCAGGAAGAAUCUUCCAAGAAGAGAUGACACUAUCACCUUAAUAGAUGAAACAGGAGAAGAGUGGCCAACAGUAUACUUGGCCCAAAAGAACGGACUAAGUGGCGGAUGGAAGAAGUUUGCUGUGGAUCAUGACUUGGCCGAUGGAGAUGCAAUUGUGUUCCAUUUGAUACGCCCUACAAAAUUUAAGGUGUAUAUCAUAAGGGUAAACAAUGUCAGUGAGAGUGAAAGUACUGAAACCUCCACAAAUUAGGGUACAUAUCUACAAAGGCUCAAGCAAUGAAGCCUUUCGAUAUCCAGGAGAUGAGAAUGUUGCUGCUCACUUUUGUUUCUCUGUCUAAUAUUUUGUCGGACAAGUUUUAGUAGAUCUGUCAACAGCACAACAACAAGGAGGUUGAUCUAGAUUCAGAAACAAGUCAUUGAAAAAUGAUAGUAGUAGUUUAGUUGUUAGUAGUACAUAAAAUGUAGGAAUUAUGUUAUUUGUGCAACUCCGUUAUGCUCCUCCUUUUGACGUGCAAAUUGAACAGUUAAUGUCAUUUUUCUCUAGCUUAUAUUAAUUAGCCUUUUUGGAGAAAAAUUCAGCUGGCUC